GAAGCCAAACCUGAGCUGCAUUCAGCGAGAUGCCCAACGCCUCUUCCUGGAGUGCCAGCUCACCUCUGCUGCUGCUCUGGGAGGACUCCUCUGGGACCCGCAUCUUCCUCUCGCUGCUCUACGCAGUCUUGGCUAUCUCGGGGACCUUAUCCAAUGUGAUGGUCAUCUAUUUGGUCUUCUCCUUCAAGAAGCUGCAGACCACCAGCAAUGCCUUCAUCGUCAACGGCUGCGCUGCAGACCUGAGCGUGUGCGCCCUGUGGAUGCCCCAGGAGGCUGUGCUGGGGCUGCUGCCGCCCAACUCCUCCUCCCUUCGCUCCGCAGAGUACCGGCUGCUGCGAGGGGGGCUCUUGGGCCUCGGCCUCACCGUGUCCCUUGCCUCUCACCUGCUGGUGGCCUUCAACAGGUACGUGCUCAUCACCAAGCUGCCCAGCGUGUACCAGGCCCUCUACCAGCGGAGGCACACGGGCUGCAUGAUCGGUCUCUCCUGGGCCCUCGCCCUGCUCCUGGUCCCGCUGCUGCCCGGGCUCUGGACGCCAGGCUCUGCCCGGCAGCCGCCGCUGCGGCAGGCGGACGGCAGCUCCCGCUACACAGCGCUGUUCCUCGCCCUGGCCGUGCUGGGCCAGACGGCGCUGCUGUUGCACUGCUACCUCGGCAUCGUGCGGCGGGUGCGGGGCAGUGCCAAGCGGGUCAGCGUCCUCAACUUCCACCUCCUGCACCAGCUGCCCUUCCCCGCCGCGCCACCGCCACCCCGCCGCUCCCAGCGCCGCCUCAGCAGCGUCUCCGUCCUGCUGCUGUGCUGCGUGUUCCUGCUGGGCACGCAACCGCUGGUCUGGGUCAGCCUCCUGGGCUUCUUCCUGCGCCCGGCGCCGCCGGCGCUGCAGGCCGCCAGCUGGUUGCUGCUCUGCGCCCUCUCUGCCCUCAACCCGCUGCUCUACACGUGGCGCAGCGAGGAGUUCCGCCGGGCGGCCCGCUCCGUCUUGCCCCGCACCGACGGGCCCGCAGCCGCACCGCGGCCCGCCUCGGCCGCCGCCGGCCCCGCCGCCGCACCGCCCUGCCCGCAGCUGCCCAGGCGGCGGGGAACGGGGGGCAACGCCGGCAGCAACGCCGCGCCCCGCUGA